AGGGUCUUGAAAUUGUUGUUGUCGCUGUGUUUAUUAAAGCAAUAGCUGUCCUUUAAAAUCGUUUGUUUGUAUAAAAAUGCUUCAUGCCAUGAAGUGCCGGGGCAUGCUUGCUGUGCGAUCCGCCGCACGCAAGCUUUCCACAAAAUCACCCGGUCCCAUGGAAGCUGACGCUGGUCCGUUGGCGACGCGUACACACCACGCCAUGACAACGUCGUUAGCAUUUUUGACGCCCAUAUACUUUCUUGUUCCUGAUUCUAUGACGGAAGGCCUUUUCAAUAAGGCCUUUGGCGUCUUUCUUGCGGGAAAUAUUUCUGCCCACAGUUGGAUCGGUCUUAACUACGUUGCGACGGACUAUGUUCCUAAGGUGUCGCGCGCCCUCCAGGGACCGGCUCGGAUUGUCAAUGCUGGCAUGGCAAUCAUCACAUUCGUCGGGCUUGCACGAAUUGCCACCAGCAGCCCUGGUGGUAUCAAAGGCGCUGUUAAGGGGCUAUGGAAUCCGGAUGAAAAGAUGAAGAUGGAAUCAACUGGAAAGUUCAAAUACUAAACGUUCGGUGAAGUAGUGGAAAUCGAAAGUGGAUUUCUACCGUGCUGGUGACUCUGCAAUGGCAUGGCUUUGUUUUACUGUUAGUCUAAGAUUUUAUGAUAUUCCCAUUUCAAGCCAACGCUUUGGGACGUAAUCACACGCACCAAUUGGCUUGUUUUGUGGCAUAAAAAUAGUAGCUCAAUUUUCGAUUC